CAUGCAGAUGAGAUUAAUCAUAUUUUCCAGCAAAUAUCGCAAGAAACAAGAAAUGAAUAUGCUUUGUCCAAUGGUUACCAAUCUUGUCCUGCAAUGUGAAACUAGAACAUAAUGUUAUGAGUUGGGGAGCAGGGGAGGAAGAAGGUUGCAUGUGAGAUCCUACUAACCCCUGGACCAAGCAAGUGCUAAAUAUAAACCAGGAUAGCUUCCUGUGUUGAGGCUAUAGCCCAUGAUGGGCCAUUAAAGAAACAAAGAAAAGGGGUUAUGUGUGAGAUUGCAUAUGGAUAGACUUCCUCAUCCAGUUCCUGGUUAGAAGGAUGAAGCCAGAGUUUGGAGUUCAGUUGCACUGCAGUGAUGUGAUCCAAAAGUAAAGCAGCAAGCUGGAGAGACAGUCAGGCAAGAGACAUUCCCAGCCCUACCAGCCAGUCAAUAGUUAAGAAUGAUGGGAAUUGUAGUCCACAGGUUCCGCCUCCGCUUUAAAGGAUCAAAUCACGCUCAGGCUUUGCUAUCAGAUCCUGGUUGAUGUGAAACAAGCCAGUAAGACAAGAAGGGCCCAAGAACAUGAGCCAGAGACCACAAACUGGAAAAACCCCAAUAUAGUGCGGGGGAUGGGGGAAAGCAAACUAAAACCUCCAGCCAAUAGGUGCCUGGGCAAUGCAUUCUGCAUUGUCAGCAUUCUGCAUUGUGGAAACAGCAAGUCCUUCGCUUGUAGCUCUCCCUGCAGCUUGCACAGUUCUCCUAUUCUGACCGAGGCUGUUAUGGUGGGCGUGCAGCUUGUGUGCGCUGCUGCACUCGGUGCACAUCCUCCUGGUCAGAUUCUGAGUUGUCGGUGAGGUCCUCGUGGUGGACCCUCGGUUGGAACGAUGAGUUCGACCGGAAUCCUUGCACUGACCUCUCGGCGGCUUCGAUCGCCAGGGCCUCCUCUGGGGCGACCUGGAACAUCAGGUCCUUCUUGGCGUAGAGGCACCGCUGCAGCUUCUCGUCCCUCAGUCCGCCUUAAGGCUGUCGCAGAGCAUGUUCUCCAGUUCUGUGAAGUUGCAGAGCCGGGCAGCCCAGCAGAGGGAGGUCACAUACCUGGUUAUGGUUUCACCAGGGGCCUGCCGCUUUGGGUAGAAGGCGUUGCGACACGCUACAACUGAGGUAGCCAGAAGUGGCGAGAAGUGCCCCUUCAGCCGUUCCAUUAUCGUGUUGUAGGGAACGGUCACGAUAUUUGCAGGUGCGAGGAGGACUCAGGCGAUCUCGAACAUUUCUUCUGCACAGAAUCUGAAGAACGUCGUCCUCUUCUUGGCUGCGUCGGUGAUGUCCUUUGCCUCCAGGAGGAACUGGAAACGGCUGGUGUAUCCUCCCCCAUCUCCUGAGGCUGGGUUGAAUGGCGUGAAGCUGUUAUCUGUUGCCAUUUGGGGUCCUUGGGUCGCAGAGCUGUAGCCUGGAUACGUGGUGCAAUGCAGCAGUGUUGCCAGUGGCGGCAGCGGUGCAGUGAACAGCGGACAGCUCAGCAGGAUCCUACCUUUGCCGCCAGUGAAAUAUACUCGGAGUCGCGUAGUGAUUUCAUGCUCUUUAUUACAGCUCAUAAAACAGUGAAUGAAUUUCCCCCAAAACCUCAAGCUUUAUAUACAGUGGUACCUCUGGUUACGUACUUAAUUUGUUCCAGAGGUCUGUUCUCAACCUGAAACUGUUCUUAACCUGAAGCACCACUUUAGCUAAUGGGGCCUCCUGCUGCUGCCGCGCCACCAGAGCACGAUUUCUGUUCUCAUCCUGAAGCAAAGUUCUUAACCCGAGGUACUAUUUCUGGGUUAGCGGAGUCUGUAACCUGAAGCGUCUGUAACCUGAAGUGUCUGUAACCCGAGGUACCGCUGUACAUUAUUUACAAUCCCGCCUGAUUCUGCUUCCCUCCUGGAGCCUGAUUGGGCCGCUCCUGCAGGCCAAUCAGGUUGUUGCAUUCUAGGAUCCCACCUACCUAUUCUAGGAUCCAAGCUUAGUACACAACAGGCACCAACUAAACGCCCCAGCCUUGUGGCGUGCGAGUGAGGGGGUGGAAUAUCCCGCACUUUUCAUAGGAAGCAGCAGCUGGGAUUGAACGGAGCUUGCUCUUGGUAGCCAAUCAGUUCCAGGGGGUGAUACCUCAGGCGGGGAAUGAGCGCGGAAAGAAAAGUCGGAGACUUUCCUAUCGUAGGGAGUAGGCGGGCGGCGCUCUUGUGUUGCCUGAAUGACAUGCGCCACUACCGGGGGAGGGGGUGGGGGCAAGUAGGGAGGAUUGUGCGCGCGAGAACCUUUCAAAUGACGAAGAGAGGGUAGCGGGCGGGCUUGUUUUUCCACACCAACCAAUGAGGGACUCCUUUAACUCAGGGCGCGAAUGAGCGCGCGAAAAAAGAGGCAGAGACUUUUCAUACCGUAAGCGGUAGGCGGGUCCUUGCUUCUGCUCUCUGGCCAAUCGCAGGCUCUACUACCUCAGACCGGGAGAGGAAACUAUGCGCGCGAAAGAGACUUACCUAUAAUAACGGAGAGGGCGUAGUGGGUGGGGCUUGUUUUCCCCCCUCAACCAAUGAGAGGCGUAGUCACCUCAGCGUCUCGUGGUCGCGAGCGCUGAGACGGCGCGCUUUUUGCUUCUUCCGCCGUCUCCCCUCACGGUGCUCCCGGGGCGGUUUUGAGGCCUAGCUUCUGCCAGGUCGCCUCUUUUCGUCUUCCGAUGGAUCCCGCCGAGGCCGAGUUCCUGGCCGAGCAGGAGCUGGUCACCAUUAUACCCAACUUCAGCAUGGACCGGAUUUACCUCAUUGGGGUGGGUCGGCGGCGGAGGGAGCCCGGCUGGCGGGACGUCGGAGGCGGGUAGUCAUGAAAUGCCGACCGAGGUCGAAGUGUGAGGAAGAGAACAUUAUGGGAUGGAAGCAAAGGGGAUAAGAAAGUGGGGCGGCCGGCGUGGGGUGGGAGAUCAGCGUUUAAAAGACGAAAUCGUGGAGCGGAGGGCGGGGGCUUGCGGUUAAUUAAUAGUAAUGUUUUAUUAACGGUGUAGUUGUGCUAUAUAUUCCGCUAAUAAGUACCUCGAACGGAAAAAAAUGGCGGGAAAAGCACACCCAAUAGUAGUUACUUUUAUUACUGCUUAUGCCUCGCCUUUGAAUAACGCAGGCAGCUCUUGAAAGGAGGGAAGAAGCAAUGAAAAAACGCACGACUCCUAGCACCUUAUCGAAACAAAACGCUUAAAAAAUGGAAGAUUAGAAAUUAUCAGUACAUGGUCAUUGAGCAAGAGUCAACUUUAUUCAAAUCAUAUUAAGCAAUAAAAAGAGAGCCUUACGUCGCUUUGGAAGACAGUGUUGUAGCCAACGAAGUGCUACUCAGAGUAGACCCAUUGAAAUUAAUGAAUCCAAGUUGCAUCAAUUUAUUGCCUUUUUAAUUUCAGCAGCUCUACUGUGUGUAUGACUUAACGUUGGCUACAGUACUAAUAAAUCUGUUACAGCUUUAUAGUUUACUUUUCACCAUGCAGUCCCAAUACAAAGUUGCAUACUGCUUUAAACAACACACUAGCCGCAUUGUUCUGCAUAACAACACCAAUAGAUUGUAAACACGAACACAAAACCAUCAGGAACACUGCAGAGUGAGUGGUAUGCUGGACUUGGCCUCUGCUGGGGCUAGAUGCAGCUCUGAAGCUCAGAAAGGAGUACAUUCCACAACUUGGGGGCCAUCCCAGAGAAGCUCCUUCCAUGUACCACCACCCCACAAGCUUAACAGGAUGGUGAAACAGCCUGCUGGACAUUCCUGCAGAACUUAAGACAGGUUUAUAAGGGAGGGUGUGCUCUUUAUUUUGGGACUGCAGAUUGUUUAGGGCUUUAUAUGCCAGUGCAAGAGCCAUGAAUUGGGAUGUCUUCCCUUCUUGGCAUUGUGUUAAAACACACCUGAAUGUUCCAGACCAGCAAAUGGCUAAAACUUCAGCAUCUGUAGAGGUGGUCACAUUUUCUGAUGGUCAGUUAAGCAAGGGCAUUUGAUUAGCAGCACCUGUCUGCUACUUAGCCUCUUAAUUCCUAUGGAAGCAGUAAGGGUGUACCUAGUUUUCCACACAUGUCUUCUCCAUUUUAACUUUAUUUUUGUUAAAUAAAUAAUGACACGGUGUAAUAUGUUUUGUUGUUCAUCUGAGGUUUUAUUUACGUAAUUUUAAGACCUGCUAAGAAACAGAUGAUUGUUAUUUUGCUCUGACAUGUAAAACCACAGAAUUCAAAGAGGGUGUACUUUCUUUUCCCCAUGACUGUACUUGGGUGUUGCAAAACAUUCUCUUUUUGCUACAGUUGGGAAAUAAUGUGUGUUGCAGUUAUCCCACAUUUUAGGAUACAAAUCCUUUGAAGGCGGCUUUAAAGAAAUUAUUAAACAACUUUAAAAAACAACAAGCAAUAUCAACAUUUUCAAAACCAUCAGGAUAUUUCCCACAAGACAGUUUAUUGUAUUGUAGGGGAGACAAAGAGCAGGUUGAUAAUGACUUUGCCUGACUCCCAUUUCUCCUGCAGUCCUCCAUACAUGGUCAUGUCUUUUGAAUAUAUUAAAGAAUAAACAUCUCAGAUGAAAUGAGGGAAUAACCUAUUUGUGGUCACUGAGAAUAUAGCUAUAUCUGAAUGGAAACACGUUGGCUACUCCUGCAGUAGACAGUGCUGUACUAUAUGGACCAUUGACCAGCUUAAUUAUAAUAUAGCUUUGAAUUAUUCCCUGAAAAUUCAGCUUAGUCACUUCUCCCCAGAAAUGAAGCUUAACAAGCAGUUAAAGAAAUUAGAAUUGCCAAAAAAAAAAAAAAAAAGGACUUUUCCUUGUGGUGGUAUACAUGCUUUGUAUUCAAAAGGUUUGAGGUGUUAUUCCUACGCAUCUCUAGGCAGGGCUGGCAAAAACUCAUGUAUGAAACAGUGUAGAGUUUCUCCCAUGCAAUGUCAAGUCCUUGAGCUAGAUACAGUUAUACAAGGCAGCUUCUUAUGCACCUCAUUGUGAAUGUCUCACUUAGGGGGACUUGGGUCCCUUUAAUCCUGGGCUGCCUGUGGAUGUGCCUCUCUGGCUGGCUAUCAACCUAAAGCAAAGACAGAAGUGUCGACUUAUACCUCCAGAAUGGAUGGAUGUAGGUAAGAACUAUCACCUGCAAGUAAAUUAUUAACUGUGAGUGGCCUCUCAUAGGAGUUGGAUCUUUGCUGCUUGAGUUGAAGUUAUUGUUUCUCAAUUGCUAGAAUAUCUUUAAUUGCUUUAAAAAUUUGUUUACCUGGCUAUCCAUCCACAUUUAUUGCUGCAUCUCAGCAUAGGUUUUAAAAAUUAUGAUUGAAUGUUAGUUUCUAAAGUUCUUAACUUCUUAUUAAUGUUUUAAAAAUAAUGUACUUUUUUCAAAAAUAGAAAGCUAUACUAAUUUCAGCAAUAUGUGAUAUAGGCAGUGCUCUAAUUCUUCUUACACACACACACACACAUACGUAUAUAUAUAACACUUACACACAAACACACUGCUGUAUCAAAAAUAUAUCAACUGUUUACAACAAUAUAAAAAAGUAAGUUUAACAAGUGAAUUCUAAGACAUCCAGAAUUAUGAUUAUAUUAGUGUGCUUUAACCUUGAUUUCAAAUAUGUGUUUUCAUGGCAAAUCAUUAUGUUUGUUCACAAAGGUCUGUAGUAGUGAGAUGAUUGCUCAUUCAUGUUAAGCACAACUCUACCUAACUUGCCGACUUGUGCUAUUAUCACACCAGGUUUUUUGAGUCUUGAUGGAGAAUGGCUUCACAAUAGAGGUGCUGAUUCCUUUAGGAGCCCUAGUAGUACUGUUACCGAACAUGACAGCAUGCUAGCUAGACUAACAGAUUCCUGUUAGUAACUUUUCAUUGCUGAAGCUCCUCCAUGGGAAUGCUGUCUCCUCUUUAUGCAGUGUAUUGAUGAAGUGGUUGUUCUUGCAGGAUUUAUUUCUGCUGGAAGCAGGAAAUUACAACAUCUAGUUCUUUGUAUACCAUAUCUCUUUUUGAUCACUUUCUAGAAAAACUGGAGCAAAUUCGGGAUCAGGAGCGCAAGGAAGAUACUUUCACUCCAAUGCCUAGCCCAUUCUACAUGGAAAUAACAAAGUUGUUGCUGAACUAGUGAGUGUUUUUUGAUUGAUUUAGAAAAUAUAUCCUGAUAUUCCAAUGUAUUUGCCUAUCUCAGGGUAGCUUACAGUUAAAAGCCAAAUCAUUCCAUGAAAGGAAUCCCCACUGGCAAGAUUUCUAGUUGACAGUUCUAAUAUGAACAAACAGUUUAGUGAACAAACCAUUUAGGGUCACAUUGGAUUUCAUCUAGAUGAUGGCGAAUUUUAUAUAUGAGAGAAUGACAGCCAGAAGGGAACAUUAAAUGAACAUUGUCCAGAGUGCUUAUCAAAUGCAGAUGUUUGCGUCUAUUAGUAUGGUGCUUAACUUUUGUUGUAAUGGCAGUAUAUCUCUCUUCUGUAACCUUUAGCUUCAAAACGAGGUUGACACAGAGUUCAAUAUUCUCAUAUGCAAUAAUGUAGAAUUCAGCUCAUCCAGUGUUUUGUAGCUUCAGAUAUGGGGAAAAUAAACAACAACUGCUUUAGAAGCUGAUGAAUAUUGCUUAUGUCCAUCAAUUUAUGAAAUGAGCAUACAAAGUGACAAUUGUUCUUUAGUAGCUUAUUCUAGGAAUGUAGAAAGCUUACCUUUUAGAGUCAGGCCACUGCUCCAUUUAGCUCAGUAUUUUCUGCACUGAUUGGCAGUGGCUUUCUUAUCUUGCUUAUUUCACAUUAAUGUUUUAGAUUCAGAUAGGUAGCAGUGUUGGUCUGACGCAGUCAAAAUACCGUAUUUUUCGCACCAUAGGACGCACCGGACAAUAGGACGCACUUUGUUUUAGAGGGGGGAGAACAAGAAAAAAAUUUUUUUCCCCUCUCUGCCCAGCGCCCCUUCAGUGAAGCAGCAGGAGGCGCUGCGCAGAGAGGGGGAGAACUUUCCCCCUCUUGUCUUCCUGCUCUAAAACAAGGUGCCGUUUAAGGUGCGUUCAGGCGGCUACCUUGGAAGCCUGGAGAGCGAGAGGGGUCGGUGUGCACAGACCCCACUCGCUCUCCAGGCGUCAGGUUACUUUAGACCAGCUCUUUGGGGCGGGCGGGGGGUAGCCCACCACCACCCCCCAAGAGCAGGUCAGGGAGCAGCGGAAAGACGCAGCGGAGAGGCUCCUGCCAUAGCCGCGGGUCACCUCUCCAGCCAGGAGAGGGUCGCAGGGCUAUGGCUUCUUUAGCCCCACGCGCGCUCUCCCGGCUGCAGAGGUGACGCGGGGCUGUAGAGGCUGCUGCCAUAGCCGCGCAUCACCUCUCCAGCCGGGAGAGGGUCACGGGGGCUAAAGAGCCAUGGCCCGCGACCCUCUCCCGGCUAGAGAGGUGACGCGCGGCUAUGGCAGGAGCCUCUAUAGCCGCGCAUCACCUCCCCAGCCGGGAGAGGGUCGCGGGGGCUGCUUUAGCCCGCGCGCACUCUCCCGGCUGGGAGGUGACGCGCGGCUAUAGAGGCUCCUGCCAUAGCCGCGCGUCACCUCUCCAGCCGGGAGAGGGUCGCGGGGGCUGCUUAGCCUCGCGCACGCUCUCCCGGCUGGGGAGGUGACGCGCAGCUUUAGAGGCUCCUGCCAUAGCCGCGCGUCACCUCCCCAGCCGGGAGAGCGCGCGCGGGGCUGCUUUAGCCCUGCGAGUGCUCUCCCGGCUGGCGAGGUGAUGCGGGGCUGUAGAGGCUCCUGCCAUAGCCGCGCGUCACUUCUCCAGCCAGGAGAGGGUCGCGGGGGCUGCUUUAGCCCGCGCGCGCUCUCCGGCUGGAGAGGUGACGCGCGGCUUUGGCAGGAGCCUCUAUAGCCGCGCGUCACCUCUGCAGCCGGGAGAGGGUCGCGGGGGGCUGCUUUAGCCCCGCGCGCGCACUCUCCCGGCUGGAGAGGUGACACGGGGCUGUAGAGGUUCCUGCCAUAGCCGCGCGUCACCUCUCCAGCCGGGAGAGGGUCGCAGGGCUAUGGCAUCUUCGCUCCAUAGGACGCACACACAUUUCCCCUUCAUUUUUGAAGGGGAAAAAGUGCGUCCUAUAGAGCGAAAAAUACGGUAUAUAAAAAAAUUGUCCAGUAGCACCUUAGAGACCAGCUAAGUUUGUUCUAGGUAUAAAUUUUCAUGUGCAUGCACACACAGGUAUCUGAAGAAGUGUGUACGCACACGAAAGCUUAUACCCAGAACAAACUUAGUUGGUCUCUUAAGAUGCUAGUGGACAAUAUAUAUGUUUUAAUUAGUUUUAGAAUAUGUAGUGCUGUUUUAAUAUGUUGUGAUGGUAUAGUGGAAGGUAGUUUUGAAAUACUUAUAAAAUAUCUAGAGGUGCCAGGGAUUGAAUCUGGGACCAUUUGCAUGUAAAGCAGAUGCUCUACCAUUGAAGUACAGUUCUUCACCCAUUCUGAUAAUUUUCCCUUCUCCAUUAGUGCUGUGGACAAUAUUCCAAAGGCAGAUGAGAUCCGAACAUUGGUUAAGGAUACCUGGGACACUCGAAUUGCAAAACUCCGGUUGUCUGCUGAUAGCUUUGUUAGACAGCAGGAAGCUCAUGCCAGGGUAAGAGGAAUCUGUGAUGAGUUGCUAAGUUUUGUAGUGUAGUACAUGAAAAUAUAUGAGUAGUGCAUGUUCAAGCAGUGUGUUGUGGGAGUCAUCUAAAAUUGAUUGUGAAAGUGGCAGCGGUUCCCUAGUUAGCAAGAAAUGGCGGCAGCAGGUCUGGUUUUUUGAUUGCUGCUCUUUUGACACUGAUUUAUACUUGCAAGCAUUGUAUAGUCUUUUGCAUGAAUGUUUGCAAUUUUGCUUUGAAUGUUAUGAAUCACCUGUGCACUGAAUCUUACUUAUUGAAUGAUGAUAUGCACUGAUCUUGCCAUUAUGUACAGCACUAGAGAGCUCCAGUCAAAUGCAUCUUGCUGCUAAGAUGCAUGAAGCAAGUCUGUUCUUGAAAUACUUGUGCACAUUUGUAGAUGUGCUCCCUUAAUCUGUAUUAUGUGAAACCACCCUAUUUUCUAGUUUGGUUCCAUAUCAGGAUGUUGGGACAUAUACUGUAUAAACAUCAUGUAUGUAUAUAUGUGAAACAGUUCAGAUACUACAGCAGCCUUUCCCAACUCUGAUGUUUUAACUACAACUCUUACCACAUCCCUGUUUGUUUGUCAGGCUGGCUAGGUCUGAUGGUAGCUGUAGUCUAAAACAACUCAAGGGAGCCAGGUUGGUGAAGGCUGCACUGCAGGAUUUUUUCAUGUGGCUGGUGUCCCAUUACUACCCCCUUCUCCCAAAUUCUGUGAGCAGAAAUUCUAUAUGGAACACAACAACUGGACUGGAUUAGUAGGCUAUCUUUGCUGUAGUCCUGUUUGAAAUAUUUGGGGACAAUUUUCAAGACUGAGAAUUCAGGAGGAAAUAAAUGUAUACAUCAGGGAUUGGGAACCUGUGGCCCUCUAGAUGUUCCUGGACUCUACCUCCCAUCAGCCCCAGGCAAUGUGUCAAUUUUCAUGGAUGAUGGGAGCUGAGAGUCCCAACAAUUAAAGGGUCACAGGUUUACCAUCCUUGGGGUAAGUGAAACUAGGGGAUCUCUUCCCCUAGUCAAUAAAAACACAAUCUAAUCUUACAUGUUUUUGGAAGAUUAUGCAUAAAUGUCACUAAGCCCUGGCCUUGCAAUUAUGUGAACUAGAAACAUGUUUACGGAAACUAUUGAGGGGUACAACCACAUUCUGUUAUUCCUUACGUGACCACAUAACUAUGUAAUUUUUUUUACAAAUCUUGUGCUUAUUGUUUUGUAACAUUUGUUCCUUCUCUCUUAUAAGGUGGAUAAUCUGACUCUAAUGGAGAUCAACACUACUGGGGCUUUCCUUACUCAAGCUUUAGAUCAUAUGUACAAGCUCCGUACAAAUCUCCAGCCUGGAGAAAGUUCCCAGUCUCAGGACUUUUGACAACCGAAAUCUUCCAUGAAAUACAUUCUGACAUUCUGCUUCUCAGCAGUUUUUCCUGAGCUUUAGGCAGCUGCCUCAGUAAAAUAUUGGUCUCCAGUACUCCUAUAAGAUUGUAUUGAAGGCAAAGACGAUGUCAGGGGAAGGUUCAGUAUAACAUAUCCUUUUGUGGACAAAUACUGGAAAACUAAGGCUGAUCCAGUCUGCCAGGAACACAGGGGUUUGUAUCUAUCCUCAGCAAUUGGGGUGCAAAGCCUUUUUUGACAAUAGCUCUCCUCAGCAAACAGAUGAUCCUGUGCAACAGUCCUCUCAGUUCCUGUGUGACUGUCAUUCCAAGGUGAAUUGGCUGCAGCUCUUUGCAGUUGCCUUGCUACUUUGUUGGAUUGCUUUACUCUCAGUCUUAAAACUAGAAGAAAAUGAAUUGAUCCUUCUCCACAGGAUCCACUUCCUCAGUGGGCCCUUAUUUUCAGAUGUCUCUGGGAAAGAUGACAGAGUGAGACUAUUUUAUACACCUGGCUGCACAGCACUCCUGUGAGCCUGCCUGGGGAAUGAUAACCCAUCUUUUCAGCAGGGCACUGUGUGCUUCCACUGUGAUAUCACUUACUGCAGUCUAUUUGUCAACUGUCCUCAAGAGAUAAAGGAUCCUCUCUGGUUGCUUUGUCAGCAACCACUGAAGUGAACUGCUUUGUGUAUGUGUGUCUGCAGAAAGUGAGAACAUGUGCCUUGUUUCUGUUUUUCACAGAGUAAAUCGAUUUGUUUUGUGUACCAGCAUUUUAUCUCUGCUGUAGACUCUUUGCUCUAAAUUUCCUAAAGCCAGUCACUUGCUAGUCAGAAUCUACCCCAUUUUAAUUAUGUAGGUAUUCAUUGGCUGUUAGGACUCAGGCCCUCAGUCAUACAGUGAGUGCUCCUACCUGUCUGGUUUGUAACCUUUAUAGCUGUUGGUAGGGGCAGAAGGGAAGAAAAUAAUAAAGAGGAGGGUAUAGUCCAAAUACUGUUAUGUUGACACUUGGCAAUGAGGCAGAUUCUUAACUAGACUGCAGUAAAGUGUACAUUGUUUAGGCAGCAACACACUGACCUCUGCUGGCUGUCUGCAAGAUACUUGAUCAUUAAAGUUUUUCAAAAAGUAUUGUGAUUUUGUACUUUUUAGUGCAAUGUUUGUAAAAAAUUUUUUGAAAUGCUUGAUAUUUUUAUAAUGCUGAGUCCCAGUGCAAGCUCAACCUGUUAUUUUUUUCAUUUGCAAUAUAAAAAAUGUAGGAGAGGUUAAAUUUGUUGGAAAUUCACACCAACACUGAAGAAACUAUGUAGUGACAAAGUAACAUUAUUGAUGAUGGUGCUAGAUGUUGCUUGUAAUGGGAGAAUAUAUACCAUACCACUUCAACAAUCUUAAAUGCGUACUACUUUAAUCUGUAACAAUCUUUGCCUUGUUUGAGGAAUCCAUUAAUCAUACUUACUUCAUGCAAAAUCAUGAUUUCUAACUGUUUGUUCCUUCAAUAGCAUCUUCUGCCAUAUUUUGUGCUCUCUAGUAUUACUUAGUGCUGACUUGUGAGCUAGUUCAGCUUAGUGCUAGCUUUUGGAAUUCAUGUCCUAGGGUGGCUGUGUAUGUUCUAGUCCCUGCAAGUUUCUAGCUUGCCUGCUCAUCCAAGUGGGGAAUAAACAACUAGCUCAGUGUAUAGUUGGGGCAAUGGCAGUAUGAUGCCUUCAUAGUGAAUACUGUAUAAAAUGCCAAAUUGUGUUGAAAGGUUUGAUCUGUGUCUUUAAGCAUAGUUAACACUUCGAAUUUUAAUUUAUACACAGUCGGUGUAGUUUCCAUCCACCACUGGGGCUGCUGGGAAAAUAAUCCUUUGUCAUGAUUUAGGAACAUUUUAUUUUUUGGAUGUUGUCAGAAAUUACAGCAAUAUAUUCAUAAAUACCUAAUUACUACAUUCAACAAAUAUAUUACAUUACAUUAAAUUCAAACAAGUACACUUAAAACAGGUUUAAUUUGUCUCACAGCAUCUAAACUGCCCCAGCCAGUCUGGGCUUUAUCCUCCUGCUCUCCCUUCAUGCUCUGUGUUUAGUUGCUUGAGAAAUUCUGCACCUCUUAUAACAACAACCAGUCAGCAUGGCCCUGGGGGCAACGGAGAGCAAAUGGGGUAGUCUUGAGAAUUUAAGCAGUGGGCCAGAAAGUUGGGGACGGAUGGGGUAGGUGGGAGAAGGAAUUGACUCCCAUCAUUGUAGAAAAGAAGAGAAUGUUUUGAAAGAUGGGUUGCUCCAAGAUGGGAUACUGUAGUUUUCAUACUAGCACCUCCUAACCUCUCUGCCUUCAUGCUUUUUUGCAUUGUUUGAGGGAAAGACAUACGUAUUUCAGACAACGCAGGCUUGUUCUAAAUGGGAAAUUGUGACUGAUCUGGCAGCUUGUGUACCACUGAAUCUGGAUUUGAAUUCAACUGAGUUUGAGUAAGUGCACAUUCAUUAUUUACUCUUGUAUGUAGAUAUAUAGAAAUCAAGCCAAUUGGCUCUAAUGUGUGUCCUUAAACAGCACAUGUUGGGCUUGUAAAAGCUGGAGCAGCGUGGUGCAAGCAUCUUCCCAUAUAGUCUAGCCUACAUUCUGCUCAGUUGAAAGAAAAAGAUACACAUAGUGCAAUUACAUUUAGAAAAAUGAGUGCAAUGGCCUCCUCCUUUCUAUGCCUAUCUCCCCCUGCCCCUGUCCAUUGCCAACACUAGGAUAUAAAAGCUGUAAUCUACACUGACUUGAAAGACACUGCUACUGCAACAAUUUGAUAGACAUGGUAUGGAAAUAUCAUCCAAAUUACCCUCAGUUAACACUCAACCUUGAUAGCUUGAAAGUGGAUGUAUAAUUAUUUGGACAGAAAUAAAUUAGUAGAGCCAUUAAUGUUUUAUCCCAUCUUUGUUCCCGUAACACCUUCCUAAUUAAACUAUGACUUUCUAUAUUACCACCACCCCUUAGGUUUAUCUGACAAUGCCAGCUUGUUGCCUUCUGUCAAUACUUCACAUAAAUACUUUACUCUGGUCAUAUAUUGAAACCUGAAUGGCCAGAAUGAGCACUGAAACUACUGCAAACUGAGUUUUCCUGUGGUCCCUUAUUUUGAUACAUUUCAGCUGACCUAAGGGGGUGUGACUAAAAUAAGUUUUUAAGGUGUAAUUUUGUAUUCUGCUUUUUUGGCAAGACCUAUUUUAUGGAAUGAAAUAGUAUUAACGACAAUCAGGUAAUUUUUUUCCUUUGAAGGCAAAUGAGUGAUAAUGACCUAACAUCAUUCAGAGGGGGAAAUAUGAGUGACCUUUACAUUUUUCUGCUCUUUUCUUCCAUGCUCCAAUAGAGCCGAUUGUCUCAGUACAUCAGGGAAGGAUAUUCAGAAUACUAUUACAGAAACUGGCAGCUUUAGCUGUUUGAAGGAUCACUUGCUAAUGUGAAAAAAAAAAUCUCUUUCUGCAUUCAGGAAGAGGACAUUGUGUCACACAGGUCCAUAAAUUUGCUCUAGGUUUCUUUCUUGUUAUAAUAGAUAAACUUUCUUCUGGAGGCUGGUCAGGGCUUUGGUAUUCUUAAGAGUUGCAUAGAAAAGGGAAUUGUGGCAGGUGUAGGUUUGUCACACAGUGGUGAGGAAACUGCACCAGCUGAAUUUACUUCUAAGCAGCUAUUUAAAAGGAUAGAAGCAUUGUUUUACUUUGCAUCUGGCCACUGUAGAGUCCUACAAGAGCACACCCGCUUGCCUUUCAUUGUCAUUAUUCGGGGAAAGAGAAUUUUUAAUAGCAACAGCAAAAAGCAUUGCAUAUCAGCUACUAAAAUUAUAAAAUGCAAAGAGGCUGACAAAAUUCAGUGAACCUUGACUAUAAAGGUGCUACAAAUCCCCGGGUUAUAUUAUAUUCUUGGUCAAAAUAUUGUGCUUUUGCCACACAUUCUGCAAAUAUUGGUUGGUGAGGCCUUGAAUAGUUAAGGCAAAGGGGGGAACAAUUUUAAACUUGGGAGGGCUGGGCCUUGCUUUUGUAUAUAAUCCCCUCAAGUGUGAAAGAUCAGUGCACAUAAAAUCAUGUGGCUGAUCCUUUAUAAUAUUGAUUCUAGGCUUCCCUUAAAGGGACGUAGAUUAAUCUAACAGCUUCCAUACAUCACAAAAGACUGGUGCUGCCAGACUGAUAAACAAAGCAAAGGGAGAACCUGCUUUGUCAGGCAAGGCUUUAAAAAUCAAAGCUUUGAGCUUUUUUAGAGCAUGUUUGCAGACCAGAUCAGUUGGUGAAUGGAUGUCUGGCUUAUCCACCUUGCCUUUAAUUUCUAGUGCUGCCAAUUUAAAAUUUAAAUGCAUGGAUUAUAAGGAAGGAUAGCAAAACCACCUGCUAGGACUGUGUAUGAAAAUGUUGUUUAAUACUUAAAUAUGGAAAGAAAACACUAAUCCAAACUAGCUCUUGAUAACCAGUCAGAGGAGUCCUAAAUUUUGGCAGGAGCUACAUGGGCCAAAUAAGACAUGACUUGGGUAAAACUUUUUUCUUUUUCUUUUUAAAUCUCUCUUACCUGGGUUUAGUACAAGGCUGAGGGGUCCCAUGGACCUAGGAGCCUGGGACCUAUUUUUAGUGUAUGUGACCCUCCUGCUGCAGGAGUGCAUGGCAUGUGAAUAACAUGACCAUGUGGAUAAGCCAACUGAAUGCUGUGCAAACUGCACUGGCAGUCAGGUAUGAAAGACCCAUGAAAUCUACCCUUGUGGUCUCAUGUACACAUGCAUUCUUGUGGAACAGGGUCACACUGUGCCAGAAGUAGCUUCUGUGCUACUGGGUCUGUAUAUGAAGCAGGUUGGAAACAGACAGCUUCAGGCACAGAUCACAGUAUUUUUCUUCCUUUGUAUUAACUGUUUGCUGUUUUUGGAAUAAUGUUUCCUUCUUUGGAAGCCUCACAUAAUUGAUGCUGCUAGUGCUACGAUUUUGAGUGGUGUUGGUUAAAGGAACAAAGCCAAUUAUUGUCCACUAACGUUGAUAGUGUAGUCCCUAAGAUCUUCUCUCAAUAGCAACAGAUCAUAUGACAUUCAGUAUUCCAAGUGCUUGAAGAAAAAAAGGGUAGCAGGACAGGGGGAAAUGGGGAAAAGAAACUCCAGUUGCGCAGGAGAAUUUACUGUACCAGAAACUGGUGCUAUGCAUCGCAAAAUGCCUAAGUGAUAGCACGUGCCCCAGUGGAAAGCUUUUUCCUUAAAAUUCUUUUAAAAAAACAUUUCAAUAUUUUUUUCAUGUCCUGACCAGCAGCAGUACAAACACUAAAAGCAAGCUAUCUUUUUGCCAAAAAGAAAAAAAAGCAGAAACAUAUUGAAAAUGGCAAGCUUUUUAUAACAAUAAUUAAAGUAAUAAAAACAUACAAAACAUUUUUAAAUAUAUACACAGUACAAGGCUGAAGCACCUUUUUCACUCUUUAAUUGUAAAAUCUUUGUAUGAAAAUUCUACCCACUGGGGUACAUAAUCUGUGUGUGUUGUAUGUAUAUCACUGUUCUGUACAUCCUCCCCUCCCCAGUAAUAAAAAGGUACCUUCAGUUUAUUUAUUCACUUUUAUUUUUCAAGUGAAAUGCAUUUCCAGCAAAAAGCUGAUAGAUGCAUGGGAAGUCAAGUUUGGAAGCUGCAUUUUCUUCUGCUAGGCCUACUACUCUGCAGAUAAUUAUUUCUGUAUCCAAAAUAUCCAGAUUAUUCUAACAAAAACUGAUGUGUACCUUGUCUCCUCUUGGAUUGAGAAACUGUAUUUCAGAAAUAAAUGGGCAGAUUCCAAAGUAUAGCAAUUGAACUUAUAUGGCAACAAAAAGGAGCAUAUGUAUGGAGAUAAUCCCGGCCCCUUCAACGGGAGAUGGAUGUUAGUGUCAUUGGUGGAAUCUCUGGAUUAAAAACAGUAUUUUAAAAAGGCAGAAGAGGAAGCAGAAGGAAAAUAACCCUUUCAAAUUUAACCAAAACUAGAGUCCUUCUAAGCAAGUUACUCGCAGGCUUAAAAAGAUUCAGUUGCAUCUUUUCAAGAGAUGGGUUUGGAUUUUCCUGGAUUCCACGGUCCAUUGCUCCAUGCAUGGCACAUUCUCUUUUAUUUUUAAGCUUCAAACCUCCCAGUGAAAAAUAUUAAAUAUUCCAGGUAAUAAAAUAGAUUAUUAUUUCUAUACUAUAUGUUCGGCCUAGUACAAGGGAGUGUCACCUGGGAUACCCCUUGAAGUAACUUCUAGACCACUGCAUUGCAGGCAACGCAAGGCACUUUCUCAAGUGAUCUAGUUCGGCCUGAAGUCGUUCCCUUUCAGAGACAAUCUUCUGCUUCUGGUUCCUUAGUUCCUGCACAGGAAGAGAAGAGACAUUUCAAGUAACAUGAUUAGUAUAACCACAAUAAUGGAUUUUGUUCCUGAAGCACAGAACAGAAAAAAAUGACAUUAGAGCUGAGAUGCAAUUGGUGUUGAAUCCACACUCACCGUCAUAGCAUGCGAUAGUUGUUCUGCAGUCAGACUGAGAUUGUAGUGCUGGGCCUCCAAGCGUCUGCACUGGGUUUGCAGCACUUGUCGUUCCAAAUUUUGCUCUGCAAUCAAAUUUAGAGAAUUUGUCACUUUUCAGUACCAGGCUAGGUUCCUGACAAACUACUGGUACUCAUUCAAGAGGCCUGGUUUGUAUAUCACACUAAGCCAGACCACGGCUUAGUGCAAAUGCAUGAGCAUGCAGGCUCCUAGAGAGAAGAGUGUGGCUGCUUUGUUCCUCCCCUGCCCUGGUUGUUCUGCUGCUAUACUAAUCUAUGGUUUGGCUUAUUGAGUCAUAUGAACCCAAACCUCAUGGUUUAGCUCUCCUGGAAAAACAUUGAGCUGUAAAUAAUAGGACAAACCUUGAUUUAAAAAGCUCAUGGUUAGCCUGGAGAGAACUCAACCACGAACCCACGUUCAGACAGCAUGGUAAGCCAAGCAGUGGCUGUCUCUCUUGGGAGCUUGCAUGCUUGCACUAUGCAAUCAGACCAGUGAAACUGAAGUGGAGAGCAUCUGUAGUCUGUAUUAACCUUAAAAACUCAGUACUGUAAAGUAUCUUGAAAUUUGCCCUGUCUUAAACUAUGAAAGAUGCUUCUCGAGAAAUGAAGGGCACUGAGGAACUUAAAAUAGUACAGUCGAACGUUUCAGCUCCCAAACGCCAAAAACCUGGAAGUAAAUGCUCCAGUUUUCAAACAUUUUUUGAAAGCCAAAUGUCCAAUGUGACUUCCACUUGAGUGCAGGAAGCUCCUGCAACCAAUCAGAAGCCGCACCUUGGUUGUCGAACAUUUCCAAAGCCGAAGGGGCUUCUGAAACGGAUUACAUUCGACAACCGGGGUUUGACUGUACAAUAAAUCUCUUAACAGAAAAGGAAAAACUGAUCCUAGGCAACUUUGUGUCCACAAAGCACAGGGUGUUUCUUACCAGGACAAAACACUCUUCUGAUCCUGACAAAGAACACAUAAGCAUAUGUUCACACAGGAAUAGCUAAGAUUGGAGCAAAGUAAACAGCAAAUAACCUGCUCCAACUUUUUUCCCUUUGCAUCACUGGGAAACAACUUGAGGCAAGGGAUCUCCUGAAUCAGUGCAGCUUACCUUCUAUAUGUUCUUGGUAAGCCUCAAAGAUGGCUUCAAUCCCCUGCCAUUUGGGUCUGGGAUACUCCUCUUCCUCCUCCUCUUCCUCCUCUUCUGAGUCAGAGACCUUUUCAUGCUCUGGGGGUAUGAAACCCUUAUGCUGAGAGUCUUUCUGGCCAUUCUGCUGUGGCAGAGACACCCAACUUGAAGUCUGCAACUCCGGAAUGUUAUAAUGAAUGGAGGCAUCAACUUUGUGGUUCUGCUCUGCGGAGUGUGCCACUGCAUUUCCUAGAAGGCAGCAUUGCAAGAGGUAAAACAUCUGCAUUGCAUGUCCCUUUUGACUAAUUUCUGUGUUAGGACCAGCUGCGCUUAAACUUCAAAAUGUUUACGUCAAUACAAGGUAAGAUGGUUGAAGUAUAUUGCCCACAUCCCCACUUACAUAUCAAGGGUGUGGAUUACCCAUAGUCUGGAAAAAAUGCACUAUUGCUCUGGGAUGAGAUCCAGGUGGUUGUAAGCACCUGCACCCACAGUGGAAGAUAAGUUAAGCUAAAGCAAAUGAAGAAGCCUAGACACAUAUACUGCUAGGGAAAGCAAAUUUUCUGCAAGAAGUAAUUUUGCAUCAAGCUCUUCCAUAUCACAUUAACCCAUCCUUGCAACUUGCUCCAAUAUUUGUGCAGAAUAAGUUCCAACUACAAUUACAAGUAUCACCCACAAGGAACUAUUAAAAGCAAGACCCAAAUGAUGGAGUCCACACACACUCAGGGGAAGUGUAAAGGAAAUAAAAAGGGAAACCAUUGAGGAAUUCUGGGGAGGGGGAAGGACCAAAAGACUUGUCAAGGUCACAGAGCAGUCAGACGUAGAGAAGAAUGUAAGAGUUCAGAUGGCCAAGCUUAAAUCAAGUGCCCAAGAAAUAUCCCACCACCUCUUUCAAAAUAGGACUGCUGAAAGGGACAUUAACAGUUUUAACAAUUUCUACUCAAGAUGUUAUCUCAGAGGAAAGGUAUGUCACCAAGAUUAAUGCUCUGUAUUCAGUACAAGAGAUGUUUUCAGGGGAUUUUACUAUCUUUCAGACCUAGUCAGUGAAAACAUUUAUGGCCCAUACCUUCAGCUGCUGAAUUGGUGUCUCCUAUUGGCUGCCUUAAUUUUUUUUAUUUCGCUUUUGACUAACAGCUGCUGCCAACACACUGUAACAACUUUAUAUUCUGCACUUCUGUCCACUGAAAUUAAUGAGCUUUUCACUAUGUGAGCUGUAUUUCCAGGGCAUUUCAUGAAGUUAUCAUAUUUACUACUGUCUACUGAAAAACAUUCAGGCUAUUCUAGCAAGAGAAGCAAAUGAUAAUACCGAAAAUAUUAAAUGUCUGUAAACAGUUUUAUGUGGGCAUACAACAUUUGUUCCAAGUAUGAAUUGGGUUGAAAUCUAUACCAAGGCUCUUCCGGGACAGCGCCAUCGGCAAUGGCGGAGUUCCUCUGACAGAGAGGAACCCGCUCCGUGAAAAUUGGGUCUUGCCGCCGCGGUGAAGGUGGAGACCCUUUAAAAAUCCCAGGCGGAGGAAGCCUGGGAACGUGGGAUUCGGCUGACACCAGGAGCGCCUCCCCUACUCGCAGGGAAACCCUUUUUCGGGGGUCCGAAGCGACGUGGGGUGAGUGGCGCGGUGUUUUGAAUCAACCGCUACUUUUACGGAGUGAAGCCGCACAGCCGUUGCCGGAGAGCGCUGACCUUCCUGUGGACAAUUGGACUCUAAACAAGUACCCGUGAGUAGGACGGAAAAUUAGAUUAAGUAUUAAGAAAUAUGGAAGAAGAUUGGAAGAAAUUUAAGGACUAUCUACAGAAAUUUUGUAAAAUUAAUGAAUGUUAGAAUGAUGUUGGAUAGAAAUUAAGUGGUUUUCAGCUGUAAUACUAUAAGGGAAUAUGAAAAAUGGAUUAUUAAUAGGUAAAAAUUUAACGUUACAAUAUUUUAAGAUUAAAGACUAGGAUAAACAAAGAGGGUAAGGAUUUGCUGAACCAACAAACUGAACUGGAAUACAAAAAAGGGAGGCGUGAGGAGGUCCGGGAAAUAAGCUAAUGAAAAAUAAGUAAUGGAAAGAUUGAGUUGUUUUUAGCCAUUUUAAUUUUUGUACUUUUUUCUUUUUUUGUUUUUGUUUUGUAACAUUUUGAAAAUCUUAAUAAAUAUCUUAAAAAAAAAAAGAAAUAUCUUAAUUUGGCACCGAAACGGGAAGGUUCUAAACAGGAAGUCCGCCUCCCGUUUUUUGUAAAUAGAUUGAAGCAAAAACUUUGUAAGCUAAAGUCUGGAAAGUCAUAUAUAAAGUUCUAAAUUUCCUUCAUUCAUCACCACCAAAACCCCUCUUGGAAGCAGGAGAAAAGAGGGGGAUUUUUGACUGUUUAAGCCUGCAGGAGAGAGAGUAAAGAAAGAUAAAUUUUCCACUGUCUCAAACCUGGGAACGGGGUGUCAAGAGACAGAAAUUUGUGGGGAAAGUUCAUCGACUGUGAACGGAAUGUCUUUUGACAGAUGGUUAAAAAAAAAGAAAAAGAGAAAUAUAUUGAUUCCAAUGUUGCUUCUUGCAAUCAAAAGAAACAAAGUAUUUGAAAAGUGAAAGUAAUUUUUCCUUGUUGGUCCUGCUUUUAAAAGAUGGAUACAAAUAGAAAUUGUCUCCUCUAGAGGGAGCUUGUUAAUUUGUUGCCGGAGCUGAUCUGGGGACCUCACAGCUGUAUGAUUAGGAUCGUGAGACCAGACUCUAACCCUGGGGGGGGGGGAAAUGUGUUUACAAGAAGUCUUUGUGCUUGCUUUUUGCAAGACAAGUGCUUUGCUGGAGCAGAUGCAUGAGAAGAUGGAUUUGAUGACUGUUGCAGUUAAAAACUUUGGACAAACGGCGAAUACCCAUAUAGAAACCAUUCAGGAACCAGCCCAGGAAUCUGUUUUGAUAGGGCAAGCGCAAGGGCAGAAGAAAAUGGAGGAGGUUGUUGUUGAACCUCAAAUAACACAAAUGAAGAGACCCGAGGCCUUGCAGGAGUAUAAGCCGUUGUUCUUGAAGUUCGAAUCUGGAAUGGACCAGGGGGGGUCUGGAGUUGUGUGGGCUCUUAAUUUUGGAAAGACUUUGAAACAUGCUUUUAACUACUUUCUGGAUUACAGUGUUGACUGUGGGGAAUGGGACUGUGGGGAAUGGGCUGAUCUGCUGAGGAGAGAUGGAGAUACUUUUGGAUUGGAGUCCUCCCGAGACCUACCCCCCAAUGAGAAAGGAAAGAAAAUAAGAAAAAGAUCAACAAAAGAUAAAGUAAAGGGCAGGUAUAAACAAGAAGAAGACCUGCAGAAGGGACAUGGAAAAGAUUUAAGAGCCUCGGACAUAAGAGCACCAGGUUGAUGGAUUAGAUAGACGAGAAAGGACUGACAAAACCCGAGACCAGGAAGAAGAGACGAUGGAUGAAGAUUGGAAGAAAGUUUCAAAAUUUAUUUAGAAAAGUAUUGUAAAAUUAAUGAGUAUUAGAAAAAUGUUGGAAUGAAAUUAUUUGGCUUCAGCAGAAAUGUCAAAAAGAAUUAUGAAAGAAUAUGUUAUGGUUAAAAUUUUUUGGUAUAUAUAAGUUUUAAGUUUUAGGGUUUCUUAGGCAAGAUAAGGUUAAAAUAGACUAAGGUAAUUUAAAUGACAGAAUAUUGUGAAAGAUGGAAAGGAUUUGCUGAGAUAAUUAACAACUAGAAUACAAAAAAGGGAGGUGUGAGGAGGUCGUUGAAAUAAGUUAAUGAAAGUUAAGGAUUUGGGAAUAUUAGACUUAUUUUUUAAUUGUUUGUUUAUUAUUAUUUUUUUAUUUAGAUGUAUUGUGUGUUUUUUGUUUUUUUUCACUUUGGUUUUUAUUGCUCUGUAUUGUUUAAUUGUUAUGUUUAUCUACUUCUUUCUUUUUCUCCUUCUCUUGUCUUUUCUUUCUUUUUUCUUUGUAACUUUAAAAUUCUCAAUAAACAUCAUUUAAAAAACAAAAAUGAAAUCUAUACCAGGCACUCCACUGAUUCUAUUCCCCAUAAUGAUCACCAUUUUUUUUCCUAUUUGGAAUGCACUACGCAUUGAACGUACUUCAAGCAACUGUCCCCGCAAUGGCUUUACUAAACAUUGAAACUGGAUUGUGUAGAGUCUUGGCCUAUCUAAAAUGAAUCCAUGUAAAAUCUGCAUAUCCAAAACUUGAAUUAUGCAAGCAGCAAGGAAACCAAUCCCAAACUGGGCUCAAAAACUGACCCUCAUAAGCCAAAAGUCCUGUGCAUUUCCCUUAUCACUCAAUCACAUAUAUCUCUGGCAAGAUGUUGGCACUACUUGCCUCCUACAAGUUGUCAUUACCUUUGUGUUUCUGCAACGCUUUCUGUGUGGACUGCAGCACAGACUCGUGGAACUGAUGUGCAAACUCCUCGGCUAUAAAGGGCUCCCAUGGCUUGUUCUUCCCAUUCAUACUGUGUGAUAACGGCACAGGGAUGUCCUUCGGCAAAGAACCUCGGACAUAGUUAAGGAUGCUGAGGCUUUUCUUGGCCAUGUGCCCAUCGCUCAACUUAGGCUUCUCUGCAGAGAUAGGAGCCGGCUCCUUGGACCUUGGAAACUCAUGCGGUCGCAGCUGUUCCAUUCUGCUGGGCUCAGCUGUCUUCUGAGAGUCUGGCAGCGAAGCAGCAGCAAUGCUGACUGGUUUCUCUGAAUCCACAGCAGUUUGCUGUACUUGUGGCUCUUUGGGAAAGAAAGAAAAACAAACAAAGUCACUCGGGGCAGCCACAGUACUGCUUCGAUAUAAAUUCCCUUUGUCAAGAGUUCCGUGACUGAACAAAAGGGUUCUGAAAAACAAAUUACCAUUUUGCACUCUGUGGAGUUACUGUUAAUUCUCUGGCAUAAAGAAAUAGAACAGAAACACUCCUUCAGUUGGGAUGCAUAACUUGGGUGAGUAUUUGUUUCUUUCCUAAAAUAAUAGACGCUUACAAUGCCUUUGAUGACAUAUUGUCAAGUGCAAAUUGGGACUUGUACUCAGCUGACAUGUUAUCCCUUGGUUGCUCUGCUGCAAGAAUACUGCAAAAUUUACCUUGAGGUAGCUAUAAGACUCUCUUUGAACAUGGGAGGAAACAACAACUUUGCUCAAGGCAAGCAAAUCUGUGUGCACAAAUAAGCUGCCUCAUUUGAGGAAGCGUGCUAAUGCGCGGUUGACACGUUACAGAUCUGGGGUAACAGAGUUUGGGGGUGCAAGGGCAUUCAGAACUGCUAAAGUUAGUGAAUGCUGGAAAUGAAUAAAGGGGUAGAAUUUAGCUGAUUUUUUGGAGUAUGAAGGGAAGAUGCCAGACAUUAGAUUUAAAUUACAGGCUGAAUGCGAUUAGAAGGAGAAUUAAGUGCCAGGCAAUUAAAGAACAAUUGACCAUGCAGGUGCUGUCCUUGCCCCUCCACCUGCAGCUGUGUGUUAGCAAAAGAAAUAACAGUGUUGGGAGGGGGAGGUUACAGGAGGUGUGACAUCACACAGGAAAAAUGUCCUGUUAAAAAAAAAAAACAGGUCUGGGGAAGGGUGGGUGGGUGAGCAGAUGGAAGGAGAGGGGUUUUUUUUUUGUUUCAUUGGUUUUGCAAGGUGUGCUGGCAACAAGAAGAAGGAAGUUGGGAAGAACUCCAUGAAGCACUGGCUGGAGGAGGUUGCAUCAACAGACUGGGUGCUAUGACUGGCUGCUGCUUUGGACCCAAGCUUGCUGUAGCUAUCAGAGGAGCCAUGGGGGAUGUUCUUUGGGUAUAGUAAUAAAUUAUUAAUAAGUUUUGUUUAUUCCCCAGCCACCCUCAGCGGCUUCCAGCACACAUAAAAACAUAAUAAAACACCAAACAUUAAAAACCUCCCAGUACAGGGCUGCCUUCAGAUGUCUUUUAUACGUUGUAUGGUUAUUUAUCUCCUUUAUAUCUGAUGGGAGAGCAUUUCACAGGGAGGGUGCCACUGCCCUGUGCCCAUUUCCCUGUAACUUCACUUCUCUCAGUAAGAGAACCCCUCCACUGAAGGCUUUAGGUGUAAAUAUGUGCAAAAUAAAACAUUUCUUAAAGACACUAGUCUUCUUGUGCCUUGAUUUCCCAAUGGAAACACAACGCUAGGCGAGUGCCUGCAACUCCCUGGAAUCUUCCUACUGCUUGGCAGAGAUGGGGUGGGGUGGGGGUGGCACACAACCUCUGUAAAGCCCUGAACAACCAGGUUACCAGAAAGACUGCCUGCCCUUGUAGAGCUCUGUACAUUCACGUAGAAUGCACCCUACACAAAAUAAUAGGGCAGUGACAAAAUGGGCAUUUUAUACUUUCUUAUUAGUUUUAAGUUGUAUUUUUGUUUUAAUGGAUAUUUUUACACUGUAAAUAGCUUACACUCCUUAGAGAUUUUUGAAAUAUUAAAUGGUUUUAAAAUGCUUUUACAUAAAAUAAAAUAAAAUAAAAAGAUGCAAAUACCUCCCACCAAAACUGUGUGAGCAGUGUAGGAAGUUACAUGCAACCCAGCCCUCCUGAGCUUGCAGCUUCUGGCAUGUGCCUAUUGUUGGGUUAUUUAAGAAGCAGUUGGAGAUAAUGAGACACAAGGGGCACUCCCACCCCUCCCUUUGAGGUUUCUGUAAAGUCUGGCGGCAGCUGCAACUCAUUUUAUACAUACUUGGAAGUACGCCUCAUUGAAAUCAGUGGGGCUUACUUUUGAGUAAAUGUGUACUGGUUUGUGUUGCAGAUCCAGUUCUUGGAAGCACACCACAUGUUCUGUUUUGGCAGACAAACAACACUCCUGUAAUCAGGCACUCAAAACGUCUCCCUGGACUUAAUCUGCCUGGUUUACCCUAGCAGAAAGUCACAGACAAGGAUAAUCAAGUCCACUGGGACAUCUUUCAGCCUCAAGAAGCCCCAGCCAAGAAGGCAUCAAUCCCUUGCUGUCACACAGUUGCCAUUUAUAGCCACUUACCAGGUUGGACGCUACUAGGACUGUCCCGUGGGGAGGUUUUCACUGAUACUGCCGUGGAGGCACUUUUCUGUUUCAUUGCAUGGAACAUCUCCACCAGCUUCUCUGUAUCUGAAAAAUGAGAAGCAGUGAGCAAAACUAGCUUUUGCUCAGAGGCAAAAUGAAAGAGGCAGAACUGAUGCACAGUCCCAGAGAGCAGCUCUCUCCACUCCUGGUUAGUAAAGCCUGUUCGUUUUUUGCUCUUGGCUCUUAAUAAGAAAAUCAAACACCACAUACUUUCUCAGAAUAUAUACUGCACUUUUUAAGAGUUACCAAAGCAUCACACACAUAUCACCACUAAUCCUCACAACUGUGCUAUAAAGACCUGUAUUUUAUUGUAUUUUUUUCUAAUUUAAGACACAUAAACCGCUUAAUCAUUAGCAUUUCUAUGGGGUGCACAUAAAAAUAACCUUUGCGGAAAAUAAAACAAUAGAAAUUCAUUGCAAAAACUAAACACUACCUUAAAAUGCCUGCUGGACCAAGAAAGCCUAAGUCAUGUGCCUGACAUUUCAGCUAGGAAGAUGCCUGUCUAAUUUCAGUUAGAAGGGCUUUCCACAGGCUUGGAUCCACAAAAGUGAAUGCAUGGCUUCUAAUAGUUACAAGCCAUGCAUCUGAGCCAUGGGGGAACACUAACAUAUACACCCCACAAGAGUUCAGUGAUUGGGUAGGGAUAUAAGGGAUCAGGCAGUCCUUAAGAUAGCCUGGACCUAAUUUGUUAAGGGCCUUGAACUCAAAAUCUUGUACCAGCUGCCCAUAUGCUGUUAAGCACCAGAAUAUUGAGUUUAAGGUUAAGCUGAGAUCUGAAGAUACUUCUUGGUAGUCCCUAGCCCAUGCUGUUCAUCACAAUGCUACACCAAUACUACCAGGCUGUUCUCUCUUUCUUAAGACAAUGCCGUGUAACAACUGCAGGGCAGCAGCAGGUUUUGGCACUAGACAAAGGCCAGAUCCACAGUUUUCCUUUAGUUGUAAUGUGGGUUGCUUCUGGAAGAUGAGGCUUUGAGAAGUCAAGUGGCCUACAGUCCAAUUUCCAAGAGGCCAUUUCACAUGACGCUUGACCCUCAUAUACAAGUUUAAACAAAAGUGCAUGAUUUUUUCUGCAUUCCUUGGACACACUGGCUUGCAGACUGCAGUUUGUUCAACAGAUUCCAAAAGGUACAGAAGUGAGAUGCUCCUCUGUAUGGCCUUUGAACUUACCAGACCCACUUAAACUUCCCUCACAUCCUGGAAGAUCUUCUACCCAUCUUCCCACAAACCAAUACUCACCUUUCCGUUUCUCAGCAGUGAUGUGGGUUAAAUUGAAGGUGGUAAGGAAUCUUUUCUUCUCCUCAAAGUUUGGGCUGUUGUUCAUUUCAUCAGGGCUGUAACGUGUUGAGAGCACAAAACGAGGAGAGGGUGUCUGGCGUUUAUUCUGGACGCUAGGUGGCGAGGGGCUCCUCUCUCGCAACAUUCUCCGCCGUUUCCUCCGCUUUUGAGUCAGCAGCUCCUCCUUCUGUUGUUGGGUGGUCAGUCCAAAAAGCUGUAGGAACUCCAGUUUCUGGAAGAGCGUAACAAAGGGAUGCUCAUUCAGAUGGUUUCUUUUGCUUAAAGGUAUACAUCAACCAGUGUCUCCAUGAUAUUAGUUCUAAGGUGAAGUAUGUGCUAUCAUUUUGUUUAAAGAAACCACAGGAAGUCUGCAUUGCUCAGUAAAGGAUUCUCUUUUCAAGAGAAACACCUAGCUGCCUAAUUCCUUACAGUAUGCCAACUGCACAGAAAAGGAGGUAAGUUAUCAAUGGCCUAUCCAAAUACUUGACAAUAUUCAGACAGCCAAAAAAAGAAGAAGAAAAAGGAAAAAUAGGUAGAAUGUGCUUGUGCUUCACUUAUGGGUGGGUAAACUUUUUGAACUGCAUUCCUUGUGGAGUGAUAAGAGUGGGUGAGGGUAGUUGAGACAUCCAUUACCGCCACUUCUCUCUCUCCCGCCUCACAUACAAAACACCCACCCAUUCACACAAACAGAGCACUAGAUAACCAUUUGUUGUUGUUUUUAAAUUCCUCUUUCUGCCAAAACAUGCAAGUGAAAAUGUGCUUUGAAUUUUUAAAAAGAGAUAAUACAGUAUACCAGUGCCCAUUUAUAGGGAAGGUGAGUAGGAAGGGUGUGCAGUAGCUAAUAUGUACUACUGUUGCUACCUCUUUAAUAAAAAAAAGUGAUAAACUGCAUUUGAGCCUCCGUACUCCUGCUGGCUCUUUACUCUGUGCUCUUCCCUCUUGAGACUCAGAAGGCAGUGACUGAAGCAUCCAUAGAGUUGAAGGAGGAAGUGGGAAGAGAGUCACUCUUUUUUACUUCCUCCUUCAACUCUAGGAACUUUUCCAGGCUGAGAUCAGCAUUCAGUCCUCAGCCUGGAAAAAUACACAGAGCUGGGGGUAGGGGGAAAGUGUCGCUUGCAAGAACUUGGGAUUUGUGGCACUGAUUGGAAUUUGCCCUGAGAUAUUGAACAAAUCAUUUAUAUUUGGAACAUCACAGACUCCCACUUUUCAACUCAAGCAUAAAAGGUAAAGGGACCCCUGACCAUUAGGUCCAGUCGUGGCCGACUCUGGGGUUGCGGCGCUCAUCUCGCUUUAUUGGCCGAGGGAGCCGGCGUACAGCUUCCGGGUCAUGUGGCCAGCAUGACUAAGCCACUUCUGGUGAACCAGAGCAGCACACGGAAACGCCGUUUACCUUCCCGCCGGAGCGGUACCUAUUUAUCUACUUGCACUUUGAUGUGCUUUCAAACUGCUAGGUUGGCAGGAGCAGGGACCGAGCAAUGAGAGCUCACCCCAUCACGGGGAUUCGAACUGCCGUCCUUCUGAUCAGCAAGUCCUAGGCUCUGUGGUUUAACCCACAGCGCCACCCGCGUCCCUCAACUCAAGCAUAUUUGCUCUAAAAGACAGAUAAUAGUGUGAUGUUAGCAAAGUUCAGUUCUUGGUUUUAGGUUAGCAAGUGAUCUUACCUGGUGCAGCUAGACUUGUCAACUCUUGCAAAUCAUUAUGGACCAGAAUUUGUCCAUAGUAUUAUGUGAAGUAAGAGGUGGGGCUUACCUCAGAGGAGGUGUCCAACUUUAAUGGGGGUUGCUCUGCAACACAUCGCAGGUGGGCUCGCACUUCCUCUUCAUCGCUCUCAUCAUAAGAGUCAUCCAGAUCAUAGUAGUAACCUGUACAUAAUAAAGCAGAGAAGGCCAACUUGAAGGUUGCGGGAAGCUGCAAAUCUUUUACCUAGCAUCAUCACAACCUUGUUUUGUUUUUGUUUUCCUGUGGCUAAGAGACACAAUCUAGUCUAUAAUGGAAUAUGCUUUAGAGUAAAAACUGGGCCCAACCAUAAGGGCUGUUUGCAUCCUAGUGGGUUGUUCUCAGGAGCAGCUGAAUGAAUUGUCAUCACUGUUCUGAGUGCGCAGGCAGAGCCAGAUAAUGUUACAGCAAGGGCAACAGACUACAGUGGUGCCUCGCAAGACGAAAUUAAUCCGUUCCGCGAGAGUCUUCGUCUAGCGGUUUUUUCGUCUUGCGAAGCAACCCUAUUAGCGGCUUAACGGAUUAGCGCUAUUAGCGGUUUAGCGGCUAUUAAAGGCUUAAAGGCUUAGCGGAUUAGCUGCUAAAAGGCUAUUAAAGGCUAUUAAAGGCUUAGCAGAUUAGAUAAAGGGGGGGGAAAGCGAAAAAAAAAUCUCAAGACUUGCAAGACAUUUUCGUCUUGCAAAGCAAGCCCAUAGGGAAAUUCGUCCUGCGAAGCAACUCAAAAACGGAAAACCCUUUCGUCUAGCGGGUUUUCCGUCUUGCGAGGCAUUCGUCUUGCGGGGCACCACUGUAUGUUCUCUGGGCCUCUGAUUCAGGAAAGAUACCAGCCUCCUGUACAGAUACAUGUCUGGGGAAAACAGGCACAGAAUCCUACUGAGGUUUGUAUGUAUUCUGCCUCCUGCAAAAAACGCAGUUAUACAAAACAAGAUCAAAUUUGACCAGAAAAAAAUGAAAUGAAAAGCUCAGAAGGUAGGCAGGUGGAAGCCAGCUGCUUGUGCAAUGCAAUGACUGUGCUGUGGUCCCUUGGAUGUAUGGCUGCUGUGCCCAUAAAAGGAGGCAGUUGGCUGUGAAUGCCCUGGUGCUCUGAAGCACCUGCUAAACAGUGAGAAGCCUGGUUGCCUUGUGUGCAUGUGGCAACCAGGAGGUGCUAGGCAGAUGAACAUGGUGGGGUGCUAAUGAUCAGGCCAGGACUCUUCCCGGUACUGAACAGGCUUGCAUGCCAGAUUCCUAGAUUCAGUCCUUCAUGCUUCCCAGUCUUUGCAGUGAGCGCAUCUGUGUAUUGCAGGAGCAGCCACUGUUAAUGCUCUGGCAUGCCACCAUCACAUGCUCCCAGUGGCACAGCAGCUAACCAUGAUGCUAGCUGGCAUAGGUUAGUGGGGCAGCUAAAGAAGAAGGAGGCAUCUAGAAGGCAGAGAGAACAAGCUGACUUAUGCCCAAAGGGAUGUGAGCAGCUACAAGUAGAAAACAGUAACAUCACACAAUGGAAACUGCAGACCCUGUGUGCGAAACUCACCUUUCCCAACUAAGUGCCUUGCUUUUUUCCUGUUUGCUAAUCCCACUCUGGUUUUACAUUCCAGAUUAAUAUUUAAAGCUGCUUUAUUAGUCUCAGUUCAUCAUUUAUUAACUGGAGGCAGGAUUUAUGAAGCAACUUGGACAGUGUGCCCAAGGCAGGCAAAGUGGAUGGGGGGAAAGGAAGCAGCCUGCCACGUUAGAGGGUCAAUCCAUUUCUGAUAUGUGAUCCAAGCUACCGGGGCUUUGAUAAAACCCCAAAAAGGCUGGUUUUCCCUGAACAUUACACUCUUCCUUCCAGACAUUACAAAUUCAAGCCAUGCUUUUAAUUUGGGACAAAUGAGGCAACUUGCCUACUGGAGAAGCUUUAUGCAAAUCAAGGGGUAGAAUAUCUCAGCCUUAGAUACAGCCUUUUACUCAUCCUUCAGGCAGCAACACACUUUAAUCCGGCUUCAGUGGAUCUCUUCCUAAAAUCUGGUGUAUUCAGUAUUUGCUCUUCCAGGUUUCUCAGUCAGGAGGACAAUUUGAACAGGGUGCUUUUUCCGGACCCCACACAAUAGGAUCCAAAUGGAAGUGGAUCUCUUGAUGCAUUCUGACAGGUGUGGGAUUUAGAUUGGAUUACUAGAGAUUAUACUACUAAUCUCUAGCAGAAAACCACUUAAAUAUUACUAUUAUACUAAGUAUUACAUUUUUAUAAUCAAUCAGUAGUGACACAAUGCUUACAGCAAGGUGUUAGACAAAGAGUGACUGAACCUACUGUUUGGACAUGUCUCCAACUCCAAAUGGGAACUGGAAAGUCAGCACAAUGAGGAAAAUGUGUUCCUGAAUCCACUUUUAGGAAUUUCUGUAUGCCUACUAAAAAAGCCUUGAGCAACCAAAGUUUGCAGUGCUGUGCUGCUUUUUAAAAUAACAACAUAAAAGUGUGUUGUUGUUUUUAAAAAAGGUGCCCCUACCAAGUCCACACCUGGCUACAAAGGAUGGCACCUGGAGGCUAGCAGGGUCCCUACUACCAAAGCACACACUGGCUGUGAGCUUAUCUCCAUGCCCCCCGCCCCUAGCCUGGCACAAGGAAAAACAUCAAAUCUGAAGGAGGGACACCUUUUUCUUUUUCACACAAGUUCCUUGGUACUAACCAAACCAUACAGCUCUGCUGUAGGGACUCUUUGGCCGAGACUUCCUUCACCUGAGAGCCCACGAGGGCUGUGUGGCCUCCUGACAGUUCUAAGCACCUCCCUUUGCUUUUCUGCAGUUACGUUAUUUAGUGCUCUCUGUAAGAAAGCUGCAGAAGAUGGGCCUUAGCUGAGUGGUACAGCAACUAUCUUGUAUGCAGAAGGUCCCCAAUUCAAUCCCUGGCACCAGCUCCAGGUAAAGCUGAAACGAGUCCCUGCCUGAAAACCUGCAGAACUGCUGCCAGUUAGUACAUAUAUAACACUGGACUAGAUGGACCAAGGGUCCAACUCAAUAUAAGGCAGCUUCCUGUGUUUCCUAUUUUCCUGAGGAUGACUGAGACUUCUACUUCCAAAACUGAAGUCAUUUAAAAACUCUGUGCAGCCUUCCCUUUUCCAGGAACAAGACCUGGUGGGGAGGCAUUCCGGAGUGCUGGAUGUAUUGUAGGCCCUUCCACAAAGGGUCUGUGCACUGACCUUUCUCCUGGGCUUCUCUCCGCCUUUUCUCCUCCAGGUCCAGCUUGCUGACCAGCUUCCGGUGCUGUUGCAAGAACUCGUCGUAAACAUACAUGGGGUCAUGGCUUCUGGGCAAUGGAUGCCGAUAGGGUGAGCCUGGCUUGGCGUUCAAGCUCAUGUCAACCAACUGCCCACCCUGUGAGAGGGAGGCCCUCUGCUGGUUCAAUAUGGUCUGUGUGGACUUUUCCAGUUCUGCUAAGAAGGGCCCAUGGGAAAAGCCACUAUGCUCUGCCCCGCCAGGGUCCCGAGGAGGCUGGAACUUCUCCAGGGCUUCUCUUUUCCUAGCCCCUUCCUCGAGUUUCUCUGGACAGUACACCCGCUCGACCUUCACAAGGGGGAUGGCUUGCCGACUGGACUCAUACUGGGUGCUGUGGCUUGGGAGAGGGUGGCUUUCCUGUAUCCUUCGUGCCUCAGAAGUGUCCAUCAAGGAGACAGGGUUCCAGAGGGAAGUGGGGACCGGAUGGUGCUGAGGCUUAGGAGAGAUAAGUGGAGGGGGGCCUCCAAAAUGCUGCGGUUGGUCUCGACUACUUGGUUCAGGGCGGUUUGGUCCCGAUCUGCAAAAAGGAUAGAGGUACAAUUAAUUAACAAAGCAUGCAAGGUAAGUUCUACAAAUAAGUGCUUUUCACUGUGACUAAGGCCACAUCUGCACCAUACAUUUAAAGGAUUCCUUUGCCACUUUAGCAGUCAUGACUCUGCCCCAAGGAAUCCUGGGAGCUGCAGUUCAUUGAUGGGGAUGAAAGUUGUUAGGAGAUUCCCUCUUCCUCUCACAGAGCUACAUCCCCAGAGCUUCCUGGGAUUGAUUGUUAAACCAGUCUCACAAUAGUAGCUCUGUGAGAGGAAUAGGGGUCGCCUAACAACUCUCAGCACCCUUAGCAAACUACAGUUCCCAGGAUUCUUUGGGAGAAGCUGUGACUGUGCUCUAAGAGCGCUUUAGAUGCAUGGGGCGGAUGUGGCCCAAGUGUCAUCUUGGUAUGUAGCAGAAGGCUCUGUGGUCAGAAAAAUGACAGGCUGUUCUUCAUGGAACCCUCUCUAAUGUGAGUGAUGGACACUGAAUCUACUGCUAAUUCCUAUGGCAGUUAAUUUGUAUUUAUUUUUGUGUUUGUAGUUUUCUCAGUGCUUUGUUAUGAACUGCUGAGUAUAAUGUGUGCAGGAAAGUAGUUUGUAAAUAAAGUGACUGACAGACUGACAGGAUGAGUUGUCUUGUGCCUGCCUGCAGUAUGUCAUUCUGAGAUAUUACACAGCCCAGUAGUCCACCCUCUGCUAUAACUGAACAAGGCCUGUGCAGUGAGCUGCAAAGCAGAAGGGCCAACCUGGAGCAUCAGAUUUCUCAUAUAAAGCUAUCACUGGAGGGCAGUUUGGCUGGGAAUAUGUACGUGCAUACACAUCUGUAUCUGUGGGAGGCUGGGACUGGGGUGACACCUAGUGGUUUCUGGACUAGAUGCAGAAAGAAACUAGGUAAGAGGAAACACAAAAAUGCACACUCACACAAACACCUUGUCAACGCAUCUGCACUCAUUUCUCAUUAUUCUUUGUUAUUCUAACUGAUCUGCCACCCUCACUGAGAAUCCAACACUUCAUCAAUGGGCAAUGACUUUGUCAAGGCCACUUACUCAGCAGUGGAGGCUGUUCCGUUAGGCUGAGCAGGGCAGUGCUCCACCAACCUCUGCCCCCAACCAGCCCCGGCCUGCCUGUCAGCUUCCUCCUCCUUAGUUUCAGUGAUGCUCCUUGUAGAACUCACCAGGAAGGAAGAGGAUAGGAACAAAACUAGAGUUAGUUGACUCUGCCUGUCACUGGCUCUGGUCUCUCUGCCUUGCCAGUCCCAGUGGGCACCAGCCACUGUUAUCAGUUGCCUAUAUUGCUGAGUAGGAUUUGGAAUUCCAUCUGUAAAUUUGUGCUCGAUUAAGGAGGGAGAGGAUACGGUUCCCCCAAAAUAUAUUAGAUCUACAAAGAAGUGCAUGGAUUAAAGUUACAGAACUUUUGGUUAAUGGGAAUAUUGUCAGCACUGACAGAUCCUGUAGGGCUUGGGGGGGGCGUACCAUAGAAGUUAAAAUCAGACUUCCGGUCGGCGCCAGCGCUUAAUGGCGGUCCUCCCUUCGAGCUCCGGAGGAGGACUGCUCCGCGAGUUCGGGUCUGACCCGCUACGGCGAGCGGGGGACCCCUAAAAUCACAGGCGCGGAAGCCUGUGAACAAGGAGACUCGGUGGGCACCUUCUGCGCCCCCCGGUACUGUGAAAGAGCCUUUUUAAAGGCUACGGAGCGGCAUCGGGGGUGAGCGCGGUGCUGAGAGUCGCAACCCAGCCCGUGGAGUGAAGCCGCGUCGCCAUGAGCGGAGAGCGCCGAUUCCUUCCUGAACCAGAAAUUCGACUCUAAAGCCCGUGAGUAAGACGGAGGGACUGAAAGGGACAUUUAAAUUUAAAUCUUGAAAUUUGGCUGAAAACGGGAAAGGCAUAAAUUAAGGAAGUCUGCCUCCCGAUCUGCAUGGCAAGUAAAGCAACGAAAGAGCAAAGCUGCAUUUGAAAGAAAAUUACCUUUAAGCUGUCAAACCUGACAUUUGACUUAAACCUCCCCCCCAGUAAGCAGGAGAGGGGGAAGAAAAUUGGACACUGUUAACCUGCUUGAAAUUAACUGAGGAAAAAAACAUCUUCCAUUGCCAAACCCCCAGGACGGACUGCCUGAGUAAGGCACCGGCAAAGUGAACUGUCAGUUUAGACUGGAUACAAAGUUGGGGUCUUGUCUGAGACAAAGUUACGGGACUUUAAUGGAAUUACUUUGUUGAACUUGUGAUUUACUGAAAAAGUGCGACAGAAACUUUUAUUGUGGACUCUUGGACUUUCUGUUGAUUGCUCAGUGCUUCCUUGUUUUUUUUCUUUUCACUUGGAUACAUUUAAAUGCUCCCUCUAGAGGGUAUAAAGAGAAACUGUUACAGUGAAAAAGAAACAGUGGGAUUUUCCACUUGCAAGCCUUUCCUGUGAGAACGACCUUGAGGAUAUGAGUGGCCCAGCAGAAGAGAUAACAACUAGAUCUAAAGCAAAACAGACACAAAAGAAAAGGGGUUCAAUACCCGGCAUACCACCAGCUGCACAGGAAAAAGUGGCAACAGCAUCUAUGGAUUCAAUGACACAGGCACUGCUCAAAAUAAACCAAUCUUUAGAAGCACUGACAAAGCUAUCUACGGAAAAUUCAAAAAAAUUGACAGAACUGACAGCAAGAUUGGACUUGAAUACUGCAAGUGUAACAUCUAAUACAGAAUCUAUUAAUAAACUAAUUCAAGAAAGUUCUGAAACACGAAAGAUUGCUGAAAGUGCAAAAAUUACUGCGGAGGAGACAAGGGAGGAGCUAGUGCCGAUUACAAAAAAAGUGAAUGAACAUGAUGCAGCUCUAUCUUUGUUGGAACUACAGAGAAAAGAGAGAAAUUUGAAAUUGAGAUUGGUUCCCGAGAGUGAGGGAGACAACCUUGUGGAUUUUCUUACACAGAACUUUAUGGAAUUCUGGCAAGAGGAGCUGCAGGAAGAAGAACUUGAAAUAACAACAGCUUUCCGGCUGGGCAGGAGGCAAGGUAAGAAGCCAAGGGAUUGUUUGAUCACAUUGAGAUCCAAAGGAGAAAGAGAUAAGAUAUUGAAUUUGCAUUAUCAAAAGGCAUUGGAGAUUGAAAAUAGUCAAGUACAAAUUUUUAAAGAUAUCCCUAAAUAUAUUUUGGAGGUGAGAGCCUUCUAUAAAGAUUUGGUUUACCUGCUGAAGAAAAAUAUCAUACCCUUCAGGUGGGAGUUUCCACAAGGAUUGUCUUUUACUUUCAAAGGAAGGAAGGUUAAAAUAAGAACAGUUCAAGAUAAAGAACAGUUUCUGGAGAGAUAUCAGGAGGACUUGCAGAAAGGAACAGUAGAAACAACAAUACAAGAAAAAGGAGUGACAGACAUUGCAAACUUGUCAUUUGGACUCAUACCAUCAUCUGAAGAUGAACAAAAGCUAGGAGCAGUCGGAGGAACAGGUACUUAAUAACAAAAUGUCUCUGCAACUUCUUAGUUGGAAUUGUAAUGGUUUGAACCUUCCCGAAAAAGACGUCAAGUUUUUCAUAUUUUGAAAAGAGAACAAUUAGAUCUAAUAUGCCUACAAGAGACCCAUGUGACCAGGACACAUCGGAAAUUAUUGGUAAACAAGAGACUUGGACAAGAAUUUAUUUCAUCAGAUAAAGUUAAGAAAAGAGGCGUGGUGAUUUAUGCAAAAGAAAAAUUGGCUCCAAAGAUGAUAUUUAAAGAUGAACAAGGAAGAUACCUGGCAAUUGAAAUACAAGUUCAAGGAGAAAAAAUUUUGAUAGUUGGAAUCUAUGCACCAAAUGACGGGAAGGCGGAAUUCUUUAAGAAGUUGCAUGAGACUUUAAUGGACUACUUAGACUACAGAAUUGUAAUGAUGGGAGACAUGAAUGGCGUAGUUUCCACAAAUAUGGACAAAGCACAGAGACAAGUAAUUUCCAAGGAAGGGAGACUACCAAAGACUUUUUUGAAAUGACUGAAACUAUGGACUUGAUUGACAUUUGGAGAACAAGGAACCCUCUUGAGAGAGAGGGAACUUUUUCUCUGAAGCAAAAAUGACAUGGACAAGAAUUGACCAAAUUUGGGUAACUAGCAGUAUGGCGCCAAGGAUUAAAAAGGUAGAAAUCUGCUCAAAGACUUGCUCCGACCAUAAUGCUGUAAAGAUGGAGAUGAAACUAACAACAACUGGAUCCUUUAGAUGGAGAAUGAAUGACACCCUAUUUAGAGAUGAAGAGAUUUAUAAGAAGGCCCAAAAACAGUGAAAGAUUAUUUUGAGAUAAAUUUGAGAACAGAAGUGGAAAAAGAAUAAUUUGGGACGCAAGUAAGGCCGUGAUGCGAGGUUUCCUAAUACAACAGAACUCCAUAAAAAGGAAAAAUCAAAAUGAAAGGAAAGGAAAAAUUCUGGAAAAAAUAAAAGAAGGUGAAAAGAAAUUGAGGUCUAAACCAAAGUCUCAUGAGAUUCUGAAAGAAAUAAAGCACUAUCAGGUGCAAUAUAUGGAAUUGAUGAAUCAAGAGAUAGAAUGGAAAAUAAAGCAAAUGAGACAAAAGACAUUUGAAUCAGCAGAUAAAUGUGGGAAAUUUCUGUCAUGGCAAUUGAAAAAGAGGCAAAAAUUGAACACUGUGACAAGUUUAGAAGUGGAUGGAAAGAUUAUCCACAAACCAAAUGAGAUAAGUAAUUGCUUUCAAGGUUAUUUCAGGAAAUUAUAUGCACAAGGGCCAGUUAACGAACAGGAAAUAGAAGAAUUUGUUAAGAAACAUGGAUUACCAAAAAUUUCAGAGCAAAGCAGAAGGAUUUUGAAUGAGAAAAUAACAGGACAAGAAAUAGAGGGUGCCAUUCAGAAGAUGCAAUUGGGAAAAGCUCCAGGACCAGAUGGUUUGACCGCCAGAUAUUAUAAAGGGUUGAAGGAAUGGUUAGUACAACCACUGAAGGAAGUAUGUAACGAAAUUUUGGAGGGAAAAAGGCACCAGAGUCGUGGAAAGAAGCUUUUAUCUCACUUAUACCGAAAACUGAGACUGAAAAGAACCAGGUUAAAAACUACCGCCCUAUAUCAUUACUUAACGUGGAUUACAAAAUUUUUGCGGACAUUAUGGCAAAAAGACUGAAGAGAGUGUUGGUAGGGGAGAUUCAUAAAGACCAAACUGGCUUUCUUCCAGGGAGAUAUAUGUCGGACAAUGUGAGGAACAUUAUAGACAUUUUGGAACUGUUAGAAGUGGACAUUAAUAGGAAGGCUGUUUUAAUUUUUGUGGAUGCGGAGAAAGCCUUUGACAAUAUUGGUUGGAGCUUUAUGAAGAAGAAUCUCCAAGGGAUGGGGGUAGGUCAAGGGUUUGAAAAUGGUAUAGGUGCAAUAUACUCUAAACAAAAAGCAAAGUUAAUUGUAAACAAUGUGGUUACGGAAGAAAUACCUAUAGAAAAAGGUACACGACAGGGGUGCCCAAUAUCCCCUUUACUUUUUAUAUUAGUCCUGGAGGUUUUGCUAAAUAUGAUUAGAGGAGACCAGUUGGUUAAAGGAGUACAAGUCGGAGCCAAACAUUAUAAGCUAAGGGCAUUUGCAGAUGACCUAGUAUUGACCUUGCAACAGCCAGAUACUAGUACUAAAAGAGUAUUAGAACUAAUUGAGAUAUUUGGUCAAGUAGCAGGAUUUAAACUGAACAAACAGAAAACGAAAGUGCUGGACAAAAAUUUAACAUUGGCCGAAAAAGAGAAAUUUCAGAAUGAAACAGGUCUAGUGAUAACGAAAAAAGUAAAGUACCUGGGGGUAAACUUAACAUCUAAGAAUGUGAAUUUAUUUAAGGACAAUUAUGAUAAAUGUUGGACAGAGGUAAAGAAGGAUCUAGAAAUAUGGUCAAGGUUGAAACUUUCUUUGUUAGGCCGAAUUGCUGUUAUCAAGAUGAAUGUAUUGCCUAGAAUGUUGUUUUUAUUCCAGACAUUGCAGAUUUUGGACAAGAUGGACUGUUUCAAGAAGUGGCAGAAAGAUAUAUCUAAAUUUGUCUGGCAGGGCAAAAAGCCCAGAAUAAAAUUUAAGAUUCUAACUGAUGCUAAAGAUAGAGGGGGGUUUGCCCUGCCGGACUUAAGACUCUACUAUGAAUCGGCGGCUUUCUGCUGGUUGAAACAGUGGCUACUUCUUGAGAAUACAGAUAUUUUGGAUCUAGAAGGGUUUGAUAAUAGAUUUGGUUGGCAUGCAUAUAUAUGGUAUGAUAAGGUUAAACUGCAUAAAGGUUUCAAAAACCAUAUUGUUAGGAAAGCAUUAUACAAUGUUUGGAUGCGGUAUAAAGAUCUAUUGGAAAGUAAAACUCCCAGGUGGUUGUCACCAAUGGAAGCUAAAGAGGUGAAAAAACUUAAUAUGGAGUCUAAAUGGCCAAAAUAUUGUGAAAUUCUAGAACAAGAUGGGGAAAAAGUUAAAUUACAGAGCUAUGAGAAAUUAAAGUCCAAAGUGCGAGAUUGGUUGCACUACCUUCAGAUAAACGAGACAUUUAAACAGGACAGGAAAAUAGGUUUCCAGAUGGAGAGGUCAAAAUUAGAAACAGAACUGUUAGAACCCAAUACUAAGAAUCUGUCGAGAAUGUAUAAUCUGCUGUUGAAAUGGAACACACAGGAUGAAACGGUGAAAUCAGCUAUGAUAAAAUGGGCACAAGAUAUUGGUCAUAACAUUAUGUUUGCUGACUGGGAACAGUUGUGGACCACCGGUAUUAAAUUUACGGCAUGUAAUGCCUUAAGAGAAAACAUUAUGAAAAUGAUGUAUAGGUGGUACAUGACCCCAGUCAAGCUCGCAAAAAUUUAUCAUCUGCCCAAUAACAAAUGUUGGAAAUGUAAUGAGACUGAAGGUACUUUUUAUCACCUUUGGUGGACCUGCCCGAGGAUAAAAGCUUUUUGGGAAAUGAUCUAUAAUGAAAUUAAGAAGGUUCUUAAAUGGACCUUCCCUAAAAAAAACCCGAGGCUUUUCUCCUGGGCAUUGUCGGCCAAUUGGUGAGAAGGAAGGACAGGACGUUUUUUAUGUAUGCGACUACAGCAGCAAGGAUUCUUCUAGCAAAGUAUUGGAAGACACAACAACUACCCACACUGGAAGAAUGGCAGACGAAGGUGAUCGACUAUAUGGGACUGGCGGAAUUGACUGGCAGAAUCCGUGACCAGGGGAAAGAGACAGUGGAAGAAGAUUGGAAGAAAUUUAAAGUUUAUCUUAGAACUUGUUGCAAAAUUCAGGAAUGUUAAAAUGUCAAGGGGUUGGGAAAUAGAGAACUGCAGCUGUAAUUAAUACUAUUAGAAGAACUUAAAAGAAAUUGAAUUGAAUAAUUAGUUGAUUGAGGAGUUGCUGAAGAAAUAUAAAACAAGGAUGCAGAAUAUGUGAGGUAUGGGUAAGUCCGGAAAGUAAGGCUUAUGAAAAAUGGUUAUGAAAUUAUACAUGUUUAUAUGUUUGUAUGUCGGUGUAUUGUGUAUUGUUUGUUUUCUUAUCUUGUGUUUGGAAAAUGAAUAAAAAUUUAUUUAAAAAAAAAAAAAAAAAAAAAAAUAGAAGUUAAAAUCAGUGCCUCCUGUCACAUGCAGGUAAAAGGUAAAGGUAAAUGACCCCUGGACAGUUAAGCCCAGUCAAUGGGGACUAUGGGGUGCAGCGCUCAUCUCACUUCAUACAUGCGUACCCUUACUUUACCUCUGGGUUUGAUUUGUGGAGAGACGUUUCUCAGCCAAUGACAUUUGGUUGGUCUGAUGCAUCCUAAAACCUUUUUGGUUAACUGAGCCAUUUUUUUCCUGAACAGCUCAGCUGGGUAUCCAAAAACUCAGCUGCCGUGUACUUGAGACUCAAAAGUUGGAGGUAACAAACUUUAGGACGUCUGCUACAAACAGUGAGACAAUGUGGGUGACAUAAUGGCAAAAAAUGUGUGUUUUUUAGCAUAAUCUACUGAUUUUGUUGUGAUUAUAUUUAUCCCAGCAUCUAAACCCAACAUUCUGUUGCUGGAAAAGAUAAACAAUUCAUUGCCAUCCCCACAGCUAGCAAGCAUCCGUUACGAUUGCAAUUGCACUGGGGAGUGUGGUUGAAACAUUGGAAAGUGAACCUUGACUCUGAAAUGCUCAGAUACCCAGUGAUCAUUAAGCAUAAUGGCCCCGGGCCCUUUUCGCUGUCACCUGCUAACACAAGGACAGACGUGUUGGAUUAGAUCAAAAGUCUAUCUGGUCCAACAUCCUGUUUCCCACAGUGACCAACCAGAUGCCUCUGGGAAGCCCACAAGCUGGACACAGUGGCAACAACCCUCUCUUGUGGUUGUUCCCUGGCAACUGCUGCUAACUUCUGAACAUUCAGGUUUGAUACAGCUAUCAUGCUACUCGAAGGAUAAAAGGAUUGAGAGCUGGAAGUCACCCUGCAGUCCAUCUAAUCCAGCCCCAGCUCAGUGCACAAACCUCCUUGCAACUUCUUCCCCUUCCCUACCCAGUUGCUGAAGAUGGGGUGAUCUGUAUACAAAUUCUGUCAAGACCCAGCUCCCAGCUUCUCUAUGGUGGCCUUGCCUAGCCUGGAGGGCAGGGAUCUUGUUCGAGGGCUCUUGCUGGGAAGAACAUUGACUCUGGAAAAGAUAUACUAGUUUUGCUGCUUUGAGAUUUUACUUUCCUAUUGUUAUGCUUUAAUAUGAAAUAUUAGUUUGAAUCAUUAUUAUCACUUAAUAUUGCUGUAAGAUUGAAUUUAUUAAUAAGGUUUAUUCCAGCCUACUGAAAUGUUGUUUCUAUUACUUUUUAACUUUUGCUAAUAUAUCCUAUAAAUAGCUAGUGAAUUAUCUUGAAACACUACACACAAGUCCCACUUUACAAACACUCGCUAUGUUCAUUUCCGAACACAAGGAAUUAGUACCCAAGCCUCACUAUACAGGUGUGCAUGACAAAUUCUGUGAUUGAGGACGCAUUAGAAUUUCCCCCAUAGGAAUCAUUGGAAAGAAUCAACUUGUUAUGUGAACGGAAAUUGUUGACAGGUUACGCAAACACUCGCCUAACAAAUAAUUUCCAAGGAAUGCAUUGUGUUCGUAAACUAGGACCUGCGUGUAUUUUAUGCAUUGUUUUAUUGGGAUCACAUUGCUUUGAGCAUAGUUUACUAUGGAAAACAGAAAUGCAAAUAAACUGAUGAUGAUGAUGAUGAUGACAGGGGCAGUAAGUGUGUCCUCCUGUCACUACCCAGACCAAUAACUCUGUUCUUAGUUACUUACACAUUCACACAAGCUCUGAAGUUCAGAAUGUGCAAAGAUGCCACAAAAAAGCCUUACGCUCUAGUGGCAGAAAGGGAAUGACACCAUGAAAUCCUUCUUAAAUAACUAGUAAAAGGGAUAAAACUGUUAGAAGGAUAAAUAUUGCAUGUGCUGAAGCUGUGCAUUUAACAGUUUUCCACUCCAGAGCACCAGGGCCCCGUGCAGCGGAGCAUCAAGUUCAGAGUGAUGCCUCAAUCUGUAAUCUGACUGCUGAGGAGCCAAAGAAGUCUUGGGCAUCGGUGUUUGCAAAGGACGCAAUUUAAGGUUGGAGAAUCUGGAGAAGGAUGCUGGUGUUACUAUCCACAACUAAGCUCCUGGCAGUGUGUGUAUGCGUGUGUUUGUGUGUGUGCAUAGAUGAUACUCUUUCCUUUGCCAUAUGUGAAGCAGCAGCAGUCUGUUGCUGCAGAUGUCUCCUGAAGACUUACCUUUUUGCCCAGGCUUUAUCUGACC